AAUAGAUUGGAGAACAAAAAAUAAAAUAAAAUAAAAACUACCACCUUCGUCGUCGUCAAAGUCCCUUUGAAACAGAAACCAAACGCCGCCGUAACUGCCGAUCGUCGCCACCACAGCAGCCGGUGAAAUUUAUCUCAACUAUUUUGCUUAAAAUCUCAGAGUAACACGCUUGGAGUGUAUGAAGGUUCGGUUUAAAUAAAUCGGAGCACUUUAAAAACCCUGAAACCCUAAAUCAAAGCCCAAUCUGUGCUUUUCUGCAACGCCGUAGUUUCUUCUCCCCCAUAUGUCUGCUUGUUCUUCAAGCUACUGUUCUAAUCGCCAGCUACCCUGCUAGCAAGCAUCAAAGGAGAUUUCACAUGCUGGGAUUUGUUUACACCAUCCUCAUUAGAUAAGAUCUCGUUUUUUCAGAAGAAUUCUUCCUCCAGGAGAGAUUCUGGAGGAAGAAUUGCUCAAAUGUCGACUAUUUCGAUUCACAAGCUUCAGGUUUUGAGUUUUUCCCAUGUCAGAAUCAAAUCACAUAGAAGAUUUCACAGAACCUAUGCCAUUAGGACCAUGACAAUGGAUGCCAAAUCUUCUGAAAAAAGGAAGAUUGAAGAAAUUUCUGUACAGAUUCCAUUAUUAUCAUCACCUAUUCCUCAACGUGAAUUAUUAAAAUCACCUGAUCUGCAAUUUAACCGGCUGCAACCAUCAGAAAGAGAUUUAGUUCAAGAAAAAAAACUUGAAUUUGGACAAUUUGUUGCACGAGACGCCAUUCUUGAUGAAGAAUUCUGGACAGCAGCAUGGCUUCGUGCAGAAAGUCACUGGGAGGACCGACCAAGUGACAGAUAUGUCGAUAACCACAAAAGGAAAUUUGCAGAGCAGGAGUUUAAUGCCAUUAAAAAGCGAAACAAAUGGCAGCAUGGGCCAAAUGAGAAAUGUGCAUGCAUUGUUACGGUAAAAAAGGAAACAAAGAAUGUGAAACGCACUGUACUAAAAAGUGUGGUUGGAACUCUUGAUUUGAGCAUUCGGUACUUGUUGCAUGGAGAGACCUUUCCAGGGGAAAGGGUGAAAGCUCCUCUCUUCUGCAGCAUAAACCGUACAUCCCAAAAUAGAUAUGGUUAUAUUGCAAACUUGUGUGUAGCCAAAUCAGCACGGCGCCAGGGUAUUGCAAGUAAUAUGUUAUAUUUUGCUGUUGAAUCAGCUAUUUCAGAUGGUGUUGGACAGGUUUAUGUGCAUGUGUAUAGAGAUAACCAAGCUGCGCAGGAGCUGUACCACAAGAUGGGUUUUGAGUUGGUCCAAAUGGCAAGCUCGCAAUUAUUAGAGGAGCGAACCUUCUUGCUUUGUUUCAAGUCGUGACAACUACUCAACUCAAAAUUCAUCUUUUGGUGUAAAGAAACAUAUUUUAGAUUUAACAUAUUUACAGUCCGAGAUCCCAAACUUGAAGGAAUGUUUUUGGCCAUUACCUUCAAAUUAUGAUAUGUUGUUCAAUAGGCUUUGAACAAUAUUGUUGUAUAAGGAAUGUCUUGUAUCUUUUAUGGUUUGAAGACAGUUUUCAUUUAA